AGUGAAUGCCUGUGCCAUACAAACUACAUACGACUCUCUUUAUGCUUUUGACACAAAAACUUGUACAUUAUUUAAACAUUAAUUUAACUUUGAAUUGAAUUUAUAGUAACCAAACGAUUGUGGGAUUUGUAUGCGUGAGAAAAACACUAACAAAAUGAUGGAAAAAGUGAUUUUAGCCGAAAGUGAUGACGACCUGUACGAGGGUUACAAUGAGUUUCAUCCGGCGCUCGACACCAGAAAUUUACAAUCGGAUGAAGGCUUCCAACAGGCGGUCCUCAAAAGCAGUUACGGUCACCGCAAAGGUGUCACCACUGGGUACAGGGGAACCACUGGCGCCACCGGCCGUACGAACACUACUGCCGGGUAUAGGCGCUCGUCGAUCACGUCGUCCGGUCCGAGGGGUGCGAUGGCAACCGCGGCCGCCGGCGGAGCGCAACCGUCCACCGCCCGACCCAUGACUGCCGUACGCGGUGUGGGCUAUACAUCGCAGGGCAAUCGUCAGGCCAACGGCGUCGGCGGUGUAUUCGACCCGUUAGGUCAGGCGAAGUCAAUGGUGUCCGGCUUUCAGGCCAGAGACGAGUCGACGCCCGAAGUGAAGGUCAAACUGUUGGAGAAGAAGAUCAACGAUUUGCUGGAGGAGAGUGUGUUCGCCGCCCAACGCCUGGAGUAUAGCCUGAGUCUGGAAAAGGCCAAAGAGUGCGUCCAAAAGGAGCGAUCGCUGUCCCGUAUGAAAGAGCAGUCGACUUUAGCCGACACUAUCGCCCCCAACAGCGACCUCUCAUUUGCCGUACUCUUCAAUUUGGCCGUUCAGUACACGAACGCCGACAUGUACUCCGAGGCCAUCAACACCUAUCAGUCCAUUAUCAAGAAUAGGACCUUCACUAAUACAGGCCGACUGAAGCUUAAUAUCGGAAACAUUUAUUUUAAACAAAAUAAUUAUCCAAAAGCUAUCAAAUUUUUUCGCAUGGCUUUGGAUCAAAUACCCACUAUUCAGAAGGACUUACGUCUGAAGAUAAUGCAAAACAUCGGCUUAUCGUUUGUGCGGUUGAAUCAGUUCGCGGACGCCAUCACGUCCUUCGAGUACAUAAUGUCUGAGAAAAUCGAUUCGAUGACAGCGUUUCAUCUGAUUGUCUGCAGCUAUGCGUUGGGUGACAGACCGCAGAUGAAGCAACACUUCGCCAAACUCUUGGAAGUGGUCAGCGAUGACACGUUUGAGGACAAGUACGCGAUGCACGCGGACAUCGGCGACGACAAUCUGGCCAAUCAUCUGUUGGUCGAAGUGAUCAAAAACGAUGAACUCAGACAAUGGGAACGACAACAGAAACACGACUCGGAGUGGUCUAUACUGACGGGCGCUAAACUGAUCGCACCGGUGAUCGGCGACACAUUUAGCCAGGGAUACGAGUGGUGUGUGGAGCAGAUCCGGGCCUCACGUCACGCCCAUCUCGCCAACGACCUCGAGAUCAACAAAGCGGUCAAACACUUGAGGGCUCGCGAGUUCUCGGAAGCGAUCGCCACUUUGAAGAGUUUCGAGAAGCGGGACAACAAGAGCGCGUCCACUGCGGCCACAAACCUGUCUUUCCUGUAUUUGCUUCAAAACGACAUAUCGAUGGCCGAGAAGUACGCCGACGACGCCAUUAACGCCAACCGAUACAAUGCGGGCGCUCUCGUCAACAGAGGGAACACCUAUUAUCGACAUCAAGACUACGAGAGGGCCAAAGAGUACUAUAAGGAGGCCGUCAAUAACGAAAGUCAGUGUCUGGAAGCCAUGUAUAACCUGUCGCUGGCUUUCAAGAAGUUGGGCGCCUGUGAGGAAGCGCUGGACUAUCUGUUUAAACUGCAUGCCAUCACCAAAAGACAUCCGCAUAUUCUCUAUCAGAUCGCCAAUAUUUACGAAUUACUGGGAAAUAGGGAUCAGGCGCUGGACUUUUACCAACAACUAUUACAUUUUGUGCCAUCGGAUCCGUCACUUCUGGUGAAGUUGAGUGAUAUGUGCGAUGCGGACAAUGAUAAACAACAGGCCUUUAGCUAUAUAACAGACAGCUAUCGGUAUUUUCCGUCACACAUACCAACCAUUGAACGAUUGGCCGCACAUUAUAUUGAAAACAAGAUUUACGAAAAGGCCAUCAAAUACCUGGAAAGAGCAGCACUUGUCCAACCAAAACAAAUCAAAUGGCUGUUAAUGAUAGGCGCCUGCCAUCGCCGGAGCGGUAAUUACCAGAACGCGUACAACUGUUACAAGAAUAUCCACAAUCUGUUCCCCGAAAACAUCGAAUGCCUUAAGUUCUUGAUCCGCGUGUCCACCGAUUUGGGACUCAAAGACUCGUACGAAUUCGCCGACAAACUCAAGAAACUGGAAAAGUCCAAAGAGAUCAAAGACCAACGCGUGGCCAGCGGUCUGAACGGUGUCAACGGUGUGCUGUCCCGUAGCGCGAGUCGAGCGUCCAAUCGCCGGUCGGCCGCCAGUUCUCGGGAGGGCUCGGCCUCCAGCAGUAGCAGCGGUUAUCUGACGUCCGCCAGUCCAAGGAGUACGGCCUCCAAAGGGGGCGGCAAUGGUAACGGUAAUGGCAAACAACAGCGGCUCGACAACGGGUUGGACGCCAACGGGAACAAGAAUCUGGUGGACAUGUCUGUGUACGAGUCGCUGGAAGUGCAUAACGAAAGGCCCACCACUUCUUGGAAACGCAAUGUGAACAAAGACGAGGACGACUUCGGCAACGAUGACAUCGUUGAUAUUUUGCCCGAUUAGAGACCAAACCGGCCCAAAGUGUUGGCCACAAACACAAC